AGGAUGAGGUAGGACCUGAUGGAGGAUGGGGUUGGGUAGUUCUUGUCUCUGCUUUCUUCUGUUUGUGUAUCCUUGAUGGUAUUGCAUAUACAUUUGGAGUAUUCUUGGACCCUCUGGUAGUGGAGAUGAGUGAGAAACGGAGUAGGGUUUCUAUUGCAGGAAGCUUACUUGUUGCAUCCUAUGCAUUUACAGGACCUUUAGCUUCAAGAUUAGUGUCUAGGUUUGGUACAAGAAAAGUAUGUGUUUUGGGAGGCUUCCUAUCAGCUGUUGGUUUGGCUGUAGCAAGUGCUAUGAACAGUCUACUAGGGCUUAUUGCAACAUACAGUAUAAUUACUGGAUUUGGAUUCGGUCUGAUGUAUAUAUCUUCUAUAGUAGCGGUAGCAAACCAUUUCACAAAGAAACGAUCUCUGGCGAUAGGAAUAUGUUUAUGCGGAGCUGGAGUUGGAACCUUUUUACUCGCACCUUUAGAAUCAUAUCUCACAGAAGCCUACGGUCGAAGAGCUGCGUUCUUAUGCAUGUCUGGAUUCUGUCUGGUCGCUAUGCUCGGAGGAUUGGUGAUGAGGCCGGUCAAAUUCGUUAAUCCGGUUCAAACAGAAGUGAGGAGAAUAGAAGAAGAGGGUCCAACAGGGUUAAAGGAAAAAAUAAUCACACUUUUAAUUGACAGAGAUUUGUAUAGAAGCCCUGAAUUUGGUUUAUUCAUGGUAGUGGAUCUAUGCUGA